CUGCCCCCCAUCACCCAGAGGAACCCGCCAUUGGUGCUCGCGCCAAUACUACUCCUCUGAUCUCGAGCUCGCCAGUCCGAAUACCGACUUACUAUUGAGGUUGCAGUCUGAAGAAUGAGUAGCGGUCUGGGGAAGAACUUAUUCCAAAAAUCGCUGGUUCAUGGUUUGCAUACACAUGAGGAGCAGCAUAUCAAAAGUUAUCCUAGGACACCAGGCAGUUCAUUAUGUCAAUCCUCAGCAAAGCCUACGACUACUCGUGUGACUUAUCAGCUCUGCAAGCCACUGGUUUCUUGCAAGUUUCUGGAGAAUACUAACUUGACAAAGGGUUUGAGCCCAUCUCAAGGGCGGGGUAGUUUGGUGUCUCAUGUUCCUUGUGCAGUCUUGGCCACAAAUCCUGCAUCUGAGCAAAGAGUGAAGUUCAAUCUGGAUGGGAGAUCAGAGCUUCAGAUUGAAGUCAUAGAUUCCUCUCCUGGUCUUUCUUCUCGUAUAGACAUUCAAGUUUCAAACAGCAACCUGUCUUUACUCCUUCACUGGGGUGUCAUCCGUAAGGGGCAUAAGAAUUGGACUCUCCCUCCACGUCGGCCCGAUGGAACCAAAGUUUACAAGCACAGAGCACUCAGAACUCCUCUGAAAAAGUCUGGCGAUGAUUCCUUUUUGAGUUUAGAAGUUGAUGACCCUGAAAUAGAAUUUGUUGAAUUUCUUCUGGUUGAUGAGGCACAAAAUAAAUGGUUUAAGAAAGAUGGUGGAAACUUUAGAGUUCAAUUGGCAAGAAGUGGCAGCUCAAAAAAUCUUAGUUCAAUUCCUGAGGAACUUGUGCAGAUCCAGGCUUACUUGAGGUGGGAAAGGAAGGGAAAACAAGCAUACGCUCCGGAGCAAGAGAAGGAGGAAUAUGAGGCAGCUCGUCGUGAGUUAAUGGAUGAAGUAGCCAAGGGAGUCACAAUAGAUGACCUUCGUAACAAGCUCAUAAGAAAUGAUAGUACAUCUAAGGACACCCUAGUUCCUAAAAGUGCCAUUCCUGAUGAUUUGAUACAGAUACAAGCCUAUAUACGGUGGGAGAAGGCAGGAAAACCACAUUAUUCCAAGGAUAAGCAACUUAUGGAGUUUGAGGAAGCUAAAAAGGAGCUACAAAGGGAGCUGGACAAGGGAGUGUCUCUAGAUGAAUUACGGAGGAAAAUCAUGAAAGGAGAUAUUGAUACCAAAGUCUCCAAGCAGUUGAAGACCAAAGGACGGUUUUAUAUUGAAAGAAUUACUCGAAAAAAAAGAGAUAUCCUCAAUUUGGUUAACAAGUUUACUUCUGAAGCUGUUUCAAGAAAGCAUGUUGUGGAACCAAAAGCUCCAAGUUUAUUAGAGCUCUGUUCAAAGUCCAAGGAAGAUCAAGACGCUGGUCACACACUGAGCAAAAAAAUUUAUGAGAUUGAAAAUGGAGAACUUCUGGUCCUGGUCACCAAGCUCAAUGACAAGAUGAAAGUGUAUGUGGCUACAGAUGUGAAGGAGCCUCUUGUUCUUCACUGGGGAUUAGCAAAAAGUGCUGGCCAGUGGAUGGUUCCUCCUGCAAGUAACUUGCCUCCACAGUCUUUACUGCAAGAUGGAUCCUGCGAAACUCAUUUCUCAGAAGGCUUCUCAGGUGAACCUUCUUUAAAGUCUAUUGAGAUAGAGAUGGAGGAUGGGGACUUUGUUGGAAUGCCUUUCGUACUUCGUUCUGGUGAAAAAUGGUUAAAGACCAAUGACUCAGAUUUUUAUGUUCCAUUUGCUGCUGAAAGUAGGAAGGCUAAGAAGGACAUUGAUGGCAAAGGAACUGCACAGUCAUUAUUGAAUAGAAUUGCAGAGCUUGAGAGUGAAGCUCAAAGAUCUCUUAUGCACAGGUUUAACAUUGCAACAGAUUUGAUGGAGUGGGCCAAAGAUGAAGGGGAACUAGGGCUUGCUGGCAUUCUUGUAUGGAUGAGAUUUAUGGCGACAAGACAACUGACUUGGAACAAAAAUUACAAUGUGAAACCACGAGAGAUUAGCCGUGCACAAGAUAGUCUUACUGACUCUCUUCAGAAGAUAUUUCAAACCUAUCCACAGUACAGGGAGAUUGUACGAAUGGUAAUGUUUACUGUUGGUCGUGGAGGUCAAGGGGAUGUGGGGCAGAGGAUCCGAGAUGAAAUCUUGGUGAUCCAGAGAAACAAUGACUGCAAAGGUGGAAUGAUGGAAGAAUGGCACCAAAAACUACACAAUAAUACAAGUCCAGAUGACGUUGUUAUCUGUCAGGCACUAAUUGAUUACAUAAGGAACGAUUUUGAUGUCAAUGUUUAUUGGAACACCCUAAUUUCUAAUGGCAUAACAAAAGAGCGGCUUCUGAGUUAUGACCGCGCAAUUCAUUCAGAACCACAAUUCAGGAGGGACCAGAAGGAAGGGCUGCUACGGGACUUAGGAAACUACAUGAAGACAUUGAAGGCUGUUCAUUCUGGUGCAGAUCUUGAGUCUGCCAUUGCCACUUGCAUGGGAUACAGUACUGAGGGCCAAGGUUUUAUGGUUGGGGUCAACAUUCAUCCAGUACAAGGGUUGCCAACUGGGUUUCCAGAGUUGCUGCAAUUUGUUCUAGAUCAUGUGGAAGAUAAGAAUGUUGAACCUCUCCUAGAGGGGUUGCUGGAGGCUCGAGCAGAGCUUCGGUCACUGCUUCUUGGAUCGUGUGACCGCUUGAAAGAUCUUAUAUUUUUGGACCUUGCCCUUGAUUCUACAGUGAGGACAGCUGUGGAGAGGGGCUAUGAAGAGCUGGAUCAUGCUGAACCACAGAAAGUCAUGUACUUCAUCACUUUAGUUCUUGAGAAUUUGGCGCUUUCAUCAAAUGAAAAUGAAGACAUUGUCUACUGUUUGAAGGGAUGGGACCAUGCUAUCCAAAUGUUGAAGUCUAAAAGUGGUUGUUGGGCACUUUUUGCAAAAUCUGUUCUUGAUAGAACACGGCUUGCUUUGGCAACCAAGGCCGAACACUUUCAGAAUGUCUUACAACCAUCGGCUGAAUAUCUUGGUUCAAUGCUUGGAGUUGAACAAUGGGCAUUGAGCAUAUUCACUGAAGAAGUCAUUAGAGCUGGAUCAGCUGCUUCUUUAUCAAUGCUUCUGAACCGGAUUGAUCCUGUUCUUCGCAGGCUGGCUAAUCUAGGCAGUUGGCAAGUCAUUAGUCCAGUUGAAGUUACUGGAUCUGUUGCAGUCGUGGAUGAGUUGCUUUCUGUACAAAAUAAAUCGUAUGAAAAGCCGACAAUUUUAAUCGCCAAGAGAGUAAAGGGAGAGGAAGAAAUUCCUGACGGUACAGUUGCUGUAUUGACACCUGAUAUGCCAGAUGUCCUUUCACAUGUUUCGGUUAGAGCAAGGAAUAGCAAGGUUUGCUUUGCAACAUGCUUUGACAACAAUAUUCUUGCUGACCUUCAAUCAAAAGAAGGGAAAAUUUUAAGCUUAAAGCCUACCUCGUCGGAUCUUGUUUAUAGAAUGAUUGAUGCCGGCGAAGUUUCAAGCAAUAAUGAAAUAACAUCAAAAGAAGGAUCAGCACCAUCUUUAACCAUAAGUAGAAAGCAAUUUGCUGGCAAAUAUGCAAUAUGUGCACAUGAAUUUUCUAACGACCUGGUUGGAGCUAAAUCACGAAACAUUGGCUUCCUAAAGGAUAAAGUGCCUUCCUGGGUUGGGAUACCUACAUCAGUUGCACUACCGUUUGGAGUUUUUGAAAAAGUCAUAUCAUAUGAUGCAAACAAGGAAAUAGCUGAUAAAGUGUCUAGCUUGAAGAAAAAGCUAGAGGAGGGAGAAUUCAAUGUCCUUCACGAGAUACGUGAUACUGUUCUGCAGCUUGUUGCACCAAAUGAACUGGUUGAAGAACUGAAGCUAAAACUGAGAGAAUCUGGCAUGCCAUGGCCUGGUGAUGAAGGUGCAGAACGGUGGGAGCAAGCUUGGAUGGCAAUAAAAAGGGUUUGGGCUUCAAAAUGGAAUGAAAGAGCAUAUUUCAGCACUAGGAAGGUGAAAUUGGACCAUGACUCUCUCUGCAUGGCUGUCUUAGUACAGGAAAUUAUUAGUGCUGACUAUGCAUUUGUUAUCCACACUACAAACCCUUCUUCUAGUGAUCCAUCAGAAAUAUAUGCCGAGGUUGUGAGAGGACUGGGGGAAACACUUGUAGGAGCAUAUCCAGGUCGGGCGUUAAGUUUUAUCUGUAAGAAGAAUGACCUGAAUUCUCCGAAGAUACUUGGUUACCCUAGCAAACCUUUUGGCCUCUUCAUAAGGCAAUCAAUCAUCUUCCGCUCUGAUUCUAAUGGUGAAGAUCUUGAGGGCUAUGCUGGUGCUGGCCUUUAUGACAGUGUACCCAUGGAUAAAGAAGAGAAGGUUUUUCUGGACUACACUUUGGAUCCGUUAAUAACAGAUACCAACUUCCAAAACUCUAUGUUGUCAUCCAUUGCACGAGCUGGAAAUGCAAUUGAAGAGCUGUAUGGAACCCCACAAGAUAUCGAAGGUGUCGUGAAGGAUGGAAAAAUUUUUGUUGUCCAAACUAGGCCACAAAUGUGACCAGUUUUUUCUUUUUGUUAUUAUUUUAUCUAUAUAUUAUCAUUUCUGUUCCUUCGUUCAUGCUACUCUUUUGGUGUUCAUAGUAAGACUAUUAAUGGCAGCAAAUACGUAAGUUGCUCCAA